GAACUUGAAAGUUCCUGAAGCAGCUUCAAAUUUACUUACGUUAUGAGUGACGAAAGCAUUGAUUAAGUUUCGACGCGCUAUAUACAUCUAAACGUACAGAACAUUCGGUGGAACUUGAAAGUUACUGAAGGAGCUUCGGAUCCUAUAGCUUGAAGCUUUCGACUCAUCAGAAUCGUUAAUGGCUGCAUCUGCUGUAGAAGAGAUUCUUCCUCCGUACCUGGAUUCUACUUCUGAGCCGCCGCCGCUCUUUGAUGGAACCACCCGGUUGUAUGUCCAUUUCCAGUGCCCGUAUGCUCAGCGAGUGUGGAUUGUCAGGAACUAUAAGGGCUUACAAGAUGAGAUAAAAUUGGUUCCAAUUGACCUUCAAAAUCGACCUGCUUGGUAUAAGGAGAAAGUGUACCCUGAAAAUAAGGUGCCUGCAUUGGAGCAUAAUGGCAAAGUUAUUGGCGAGAGUCUGGAUUUAAUUAAAUAUAUAGAUGCCAACUUUAAAGGACCAGCUCUGUUACCUGAUGAUCCGGCCAAAAAGAAGUUUGCUGAAGAGUUGAUAGCCUACUGCGAUACAUUCACAAAAAAUGUGUGGUCAUCAUUCAAAGGAGAUCCUAUUAAACAAGCAGGUGCUGAAUUUGAUUACUUGGAAAAAGCUCUCCAUAAGUUUGACGAUGGACCUUUUUUCCUUGGUCAGUUCAGUGAAGUUGAUAUUGUGUAUAUUCCAUUUGUUGAGCGGUUUCAGAUCUUUUUCCAAGAAGAGUGGAAAUAUGAUAUUACAUCUGGCAGACCAAAUCUAGCCAAGUGGAUUGAGGAAAUUAACAAGAUCGACGCUUACAAGCCAACAAAAUGCGACCCUAACCAUCUCAUCCCAUUCUAUAGAAGCCGGUUUUUGGCCUAAAGAUGAAUGGUGAUGCUACUCUGGUACUGCUGAAAUAAGGAUAACUCGUAUAUGGUAUUUGCAGCUCCAGAUACGUAGUCUGCUUUAAUAUAACGGUGGCUUGUGAACUCGAGCUUUAAGUAGUAGGCGUGGAAUGUGAAUCCAAUAAGGUGUUGUAUUAAGCUCCAUUGUUCGUGUCCUACUUUCCGGCUUGUUGUACUUUAAAUAGAUGAAAGCAUUAAGUUGUUAUCUUAUGGUGCAUUUCCUACAUGAAUUUAUUAAAAUAAAAUGUUCUUCCCAAUUUAUACAGAGGUUGCAUUAUUUGGUACUCA